CUCGGCAGCUCUCAGCCGAGAGAAGCCGCCCGAGAUCGACAGACAGCGGGAACUAAAGUUUUUCUCGCCCCCUCCAGUGUGUUUUCUCGCAGGGCUUUGCCCGCAGCCGCCUUCCGCAGCGGGGCCGAGCUGGAAAGGCACAGAACUCGGGGAGGAGGAGGAAUUCAGUGUCCCUAAAAAUAGCCGCACUUCGAGAGACCCUGUGACUUCCCACUCUCCGGGGCGGGCGGCCCGCGGGCUGCCUUUCGCCGAUGACCCUUGUGAUUGCAACCAGCAUGCGCCUAACCCCCUCUUCCUGCGCCCGGAAGGCUGGGCUCGGCUGAGGGGUCUGGCCCCGACCUACUGGAGUGGGGAGGGCGCAGAAAAGCACGUGCUAAGGACAGGAUCGCGGCUUCUCCAGUGUUGGGGGCCUGCGAGCCUGGGCGAGGCUAGCUCCGCUAAUCGGGGGGUUUGACUGUUGGCGCUUCGCAACGCUCUCCAGCGAAAGGCGGCGCAGCGGCGGGGAGACUCCGCACCGGCCGAGGAGGAGGAAGAGGAGCGGGCGGUUUGUUUUUUUCCUUCUAGGAUCCCCCCCCUUCUCCUCCCCCCUCGCCCCCCCUUCCCCUCCCCGCCGCGGUUUCUCUCUGGGUCCGGCCGGCCGGCGAGCGCGAGUCUCCUGGGGGAACCUCUCCGAGCAAGCUGGGAUCUAUGAGCGGGAAGGUGAUCAAACCCAGAGAAGAGAAAGAUGCUUCCAAGGUUAUGGAUGACGCAACCCCUGGCACACAGGAGUACAUUAUGUUACGGCAAGAUUCCAUCCAAUCUGCGGAAUUAAAGAAAAAAGAGUCCCCUUUUCGUGCUAAGUGUCACGAAAUCUUCUGCUGCCCACUGAAGCAAGUGCACCUCAAAGAGAACACAGAGGCGGAAGAGCCACAGCUCAAAGGAAUAGUAACAAAACUCUACAGCAGGCAAGGCUACCACUUGCAAUUGCAAGCAGAUGGAACAAUUGAUGGGACAAAAGAGGAGGACAGUAGUUAUACUUUGUUUAACCUCAUACCCGUGGGCUUACGAGUGGUGGCUAUUCAAGGGGUUCAAACAAAAUUGUAUUUGGCAAUGAACAGUGAAGGAUACCUAUACACGUCAGAACAUUUCACACCUGAAUGCAAGUUCAAAGAAUCAGUAUUUGAAAACUACUAUGUGACGUAUUCUUCAAUGAUCUACAGACAGCAACAGUCUGGCAGGGGUUGGUAUCUGGGUCUUAACAAAGAAGGAGAAAUAAUGAAAGGAAACCAUGUGAAGAAAAAUAAACCUGCCGCACACUUUCUUCCAAAACCCUUAAAAGUGGCCAUGUACAAAGAACCUUCUCUUCACGAUCUCACAGAAUUUUCAAGAUCUGGAAGUGGGACCCCGACAAAAAGCAGAAGUCAUUCAGGAGUGUUAAAUGGGGGGAAAUCCAUGAGUCAAAAUGAAUCAACGUAGCCAGGUUAAGGCAAGCCAAGUGCUCUGUAAAUGGAACCUUACCGCCGGAUGCCGUUGAAUUCUUACUAGCAGUCUUUCAUCCAAACCGUUCAAUUGUUCAGGACAAGCCGCUGAACUUGCAUAGGUCACUCGUUUAUCAGCCAUUAGAUCUUCUGGUUGUCAAAGGAUAUAUCCCAAAUCUGUAGAAUAUGCGUGUGCAUAUCACAAGACACCUGGAUAGCCAGCAAAAGAUAACUGUGGAAUAAAUCUCAGAGAAGAAAUGUCUAGCUCUUUUUCCUCUCUCUCUUUCUCUUUCUUUUUUCUCUCCUAUGCUUUGUGGAAAACUAAACAAAAACAUUUCACAGCAUUCACUGCUGAUAAGAAUUUGCUUUCCAACCAAGAAAUAAAAAGACCACUUUUGCUCGUCAAAGGAAAUUUUAACGCUUAUAUGUUUUAUAGGAGCAAACAACAAAAAUGUAAACUCUGUUGUUUUCUUGGCUUACUGUUUUAUAUCUAAGGCUUGAUAACAAAGGUAUCCUUUAAUUUGGAUUAGUGCAACUUUUUGAUUUCUCAGCUCAAAUGGGCCUUUAAAGCUGUGUCUUUAAAAAAAAAAAACUAAUAAAUUCAGGGCUGGAACUGAGAGUCGGUGUCUCAGGCUCAAGCAAACAGUGUUCUUGUGAUUUUAACCACACUGAAAUAUAAAUUUUUAUAGAUUUGUAGCAUUCUGGUAAAGUUCUUGUGCUGACCCCAGUCUGUAGGAAUUGAGUUGUUUUGUUAACCCGCGUCAGUGGAAGAUAACGUAAAGGGAUAAAAUUGUCCUCCAAUGUAGAUUUAUCUUAAUUCCCUUUUGUGUAUCAUGUUAAACUAUUGUUGUGGCGUCUUUUCUAAAGACAGAAACUGUGGAAUUAAGGUGACUUAAUUUUUUAUAAGAAACGUCUUGUUUGUAAAAGUCCUUCUUUCCCUGUAAUGGGCACGUGAUUCUUGUGUAGGAGGAAGCGUUAGGACAGGUUACCCCUAAACAACAUAUACUCAUACAUGCUAUUGGAAAAAUCGUUUAAAAAUUUAGUUAGGUUUCCAUUUAGAUCAUCAUAUCUGUUGCAUGGGAGAAAGUUGGAAUAUUGGCAUAGAGUUGCAUGAUGUGUAAGAUUUUGUGCAUUAACCAUCAUUGGAUUCUGUGCUCCAAACCUGACAUAGUUCUGUACAAGCAGUUGUCUGCCUUGUACAAAAGAGUUGUUUAUUAUUUGUUGUACACACAAUCAUGCACUGAAUAAACUAUUUAUAUUAAGAUGUA